AAAUUGAGUUUUUAUAAUGAAACGAAAUAAAUUGUCAAUAUCUCUUGGUGUUCUUGUGCUUUCAUUACGUCUUCACACGUUUUCAACAGCGCACUUACACUACAUCUCCCAUACUGCACUUGGGCAACUCCCGGUAAAGGCGAUGCCCAUAUUUGGUAAAUCAGUAGCAUCACGUGACUGAUUUCGUGUGCCAAUCACAUUAUUGGCAGGAACGUGUCGCUUUUCAAAAUUAAGGGAAGUAACUGGCGUGGAGAUGUUUACGGAGAUAAACACGGUAACUUAAAUGGCUAAAUAAGAUUUUGUUAAUAAAAAUUAAUAGGGCUGAAAUGGAUGGUAAAAUGAUUGGACCGGGACCUUAUAGGGCGACGAAAUUGUGGAAUGAGACCAUCAGGCUUCUCCGUGGUGGAAUGCCAGUCAGACGUCACUGGGCUCAUUUCAGGAGUUAUGACCACAGUUUUACAGGAGCCGAGGCUGUCGACUUCCUCCACGAGCUGCUCAGACGAAACCAGAACUUCGGACCGGAGGUGACGCGCUACCAAACACUCCAGUUACUUCGGAAAUUCUUCAAAAACCAUGUCAUCGAGGAUGUCAAAGGACGAUGUGGUAAAGAGGACUUUGAGGACAGUGGACAUUUAUACAGAUUUCCCCCACAAUCACCUCUGAAGCCCGUUCCUGUGCGUCCACCUGUAAGAGAUCACAGCUCAGUACCCAGAAUCCCACGCUGGGAUGACUUUGAGGAGAUAUCAGUGCCGGAGAAGAUCCCAGUGAAGCCUCUUAUGAAUUCCGAAUCGUGGAACAAAAGGCACAGCAUCGCCAUCGGUGAGGUUCCUGAAUGCCGUUUAAUCCGGAGGAGAGAAUUAACCCCGAAACACGUGGACCAGAUAUGGAAGUCAAUGACACUAACACAUUUACAGACUGUUUUGGGUCUCCAGUCUCUGGACGGGGUUUUAGAUGCCAAACUUCUGAGCCCCAAGCACAUCGUUCACAAUGUUUUUGGUGUUAAUAAGCAGGGGAUUGUUGUGCUAAAGAACAAAGCAGAGAACUUGCCUCAUUGGGUGUUAUCUGCAAUGAAAUGCCUGGCAAACUGGCCCAAUGGGAAUGACGCCAGGCAGCCCAUGUAUCCAGGAUUUGAGAGAGACGUCUUCAGGACAGUGGCAGAACAUUUUCAGAGAUUGAAAGAGCCACUUUUGACUUUCCAUCUGUAUGAAAUAUUUGUCAGUAUUUUGGGAGCCAUGGUGGAACUAUUGGAGAACAUCAUACAAGACAAGAACAUGUCCAUUAAAGACAAGAAGAAGAAGCUGAAGCAGCUCAUCUACAUCUUGAAUGGCCUCAAGAUAAAAUAUGCGGGUGCAGACACGGACACCACCAUGGCGUCUCCACCUCACUCGUUCUGCAGACAGAUCAGCAGAGAGGAGUUUGAGCAGCAGAGGGUCUCUGGAUCUCAAGGAGCCAUGGUGGAACUAUUGGAGAACAUCAUACGCCCUUCCAGAGGAGCUGGAGCUUUCGGGCUUGAGUCAGCGCUCGGAGUGUGCGAUGGGUCCCCAGAGUACCCAGAAGCAGAGGCAGAGGAAGGAGCCGCUUCAGGCGUGGAGCUCUUCCAAGUACGCAGACGUUCCAGUCGGAACCUGCAGCUGCCCCCGUUGGUCUUCCGGCAAGCUGAGCAACAUGACUGGAACAGCAAAGAGACUGAGCCGAUCGCCCGUCCAACCACUCUGGCGCUGCGCACCCCCCCGCUCAUCGCCAUCACAUCUGCUGAUGCCGGCAGAUCCUGUUCCUUCUUUGAUGGACUCUUUAAAGAGGCACAGCUGAAGGGUGUCUCUCCAGGGCCGCAAGCAGAUGGAUGA